AUGAAGGCAAGGUUCUAUGAUAAUUUAUCUCAAGACUUCUCCCAACUUCUUGAAGACGCAGAUGACUAUAACGUUAAAAUUAAAGUAGGGGAAAAUUCCAAAACUCAAGAAUUUCGCGCACAUUCUGUAAUUUUAAGGGCACGUUCGCCUUAUUUUAAGAAGGCACUUUCCGAUUCAUGGGUUACCAUUAAAGAUGGAAGCAUUGUAUUUAAUAAGCCGAAUAUUUCCCCGGCCGUUUUUACGUUAAUUCUUAAGUAUAUCUAUUCCGGAAAUCUUGAUUUAAAUAAAAUCUCUAAUACCGACGUUCUCGACCUUCUUGUUGCAUCGGAUGAAUUACUCCUUAGAGAAUUACUUGAUCAUAUUCAAGAUUAUCUCAUCAAACAAGCGUCCUCCUGGCUUAAAAGCAAUCUUAUUACAACAUUGCACACCGUUUUUCAGCUUUCCUGUUGCAAAAAACUUGUAGAUUAUUGUCUAGAUUCUAUAUGCAAUAACCCCAAACCUUUUUUUUCAUCCGAAAAUUUUUCAUCUCUUAAAAAGAGUAUUUUCCUGGAAUUAAUUAAGCGCGAUGAACUUAAAAUCGAAGAGGUAGAUAUCUGGGAACAUCUUAUUAAAUGGGGAAUUUUCCAGACAUCAGGAAUUAGAGAAAUGAAACCGUCAGAUGUGAAGAAGUUUUUAGAAAAGGAUUUCAAGAAUUUAAAAGGAACGUUAGAUCCCUUCAUUCCGUAUAUUAGAUUCCAUGAAAUUUCAUCGAAAGAUUUCUACAAUAAGGUUCGCCCGUUUCGAAAAAUUCUACCAGAAUCACUUUUUGAAGACGUUAUGUCCUUCUUAAUGGCUGGAACUGAGCCAAAGCAAAGAAAACUUCUGGCGCGAGUCGGUUUCUUUAUAGAUGGGUCCAAAUUUUUUACAAGAAACCAUGCAGACGUUAUUUCUAGUUGGAUUAAAAGAAAGGAUACGGGUAUAUCUAAAGAAAAUAGAAGUCAAUUUACGCUACUAUAUCGCGGAACUCGUGAUGGGUUGAAUGUUAAUUCAUUUCGUCAAAAAGUAAACAAUCAAGGACCAGCAAUUGCAGUCGUCAAGAUAAAGGAUUCAGAAACCAUAAUCGGCGGAUUCAACGCUACUGGAUGGAGUAACAACAAUCAAUACUAUAAUUCAUACUCUAAUUCAUACUCUUAUAAUCAUAACAACUAUUGGAAUAACAAUGGCAAUCAUUUUAUAUUUUCGUUUAAAGGUAUUAGGGAUAAAAUAGGAAUAAUUGGUCGAUCUACUGGAUCUAGUGGUGUAUAUGAUUAUAAUAAUAUGUUAUACUUUGGAAGUAGCGAUUUGCUGCUUCACGAUGGUAUAAAUGGAACGUGUAACCAAAAUUCUUACGACAAACGAAUUUUGGACACGAAUAAUUUUAUUGCUGAAGAGUUGGAAGUAUUCAAAGUAGUGAAUUAG